AUUAUCAGCCAAUAGCAUCGCAGUGUGUUAGCCACUCUUGUCCGAGCGGGCUAUUAUUCACCAGCAAUGGAGAUGAAUUGGGUACCUUACUCGGGUAGCUUAGAAUUUGAUAAGGUUGCUGAAAAAGUGGUUAUGGAACCGUAUAACUACACAUGUAAUACAAAUGGGAAGGAGAUUCGCAAUGCAUUAAUGUCAGCUUUUAAUUACUGGCUAAAUGUUCCUGAAAGUACUUUGGGUAUCAUAUCAAACGUUAUUCAAAUGCUGCACAACGCUAGUUUGAUUAUUGAUGAUAUUGAAGAUGGCUCCUACUUACGGCGUGGUAAACCAGCUGCUCAUUGUGUCUUUGGAGUUGCACCGUCGAUCAAUUCCGCAAACUAUGCUUAUUUCCUUGCUCUAGAAAAAUUAUCUUUACUGGAACGUGCUGAAUCGGUGAAAAUAUUCGCAGAGCAAAUGCUUGUAUUACAUCGUGGACAAGGUAUGGAUAUAUCUUGGCGUUCUUCCUUUAAAUGUCCAUCAGAAUCAGAAUAUGAAGCUAUGGUACUGUGUAAAACAGGUGGUCUAUUUGGCCUGGGCGUUCGUCUAAUGCAAUUGUUCUCUGAAAAUCAAACAAAUUACAAACCUCUUUUGGAUGCAAUCGGUCUGUUUUAUCAAAUUCGUGAUGAUUAUGCAAAUCUAGUUGAUUUAAGUUAUCAUAAGAAAAAAACAUUUGCAGAAGACUUAACUGAAGGAAAAUUCAGUUAUCCUAUUGUUCGUGCUAUCAACGACUAUCCUGAUGACAAUCAAGUAAUGAAUAUCCUUUCACAGCACACCACAAACUCAUCAUUAAAACUAUAUUGUGUUAAACAUAUGUUAAAGUUGGGUGCAUUAGAACAAACUGUAUUAAAGUUAGCUAAGUUGGAAGAAAGAUGCAAUCAGUUAAUUUCGACGUAUGGCAAUAACCCCUUGCUUUCUGAAGUCAUGCAAAAACUAACUGAUCUACAUCGUACACCUGAUGGACAUUUACGGUUUAUUACAUUAAACGAUCUUACCACUGACUCAUUAGAUCACAAUGAAGUACCUAUUACCAAUGGUCAUGUUAACCUCCUGUCUGAUUGUUAAUACUAGAAUAGAUAUUCAUAAUAACAAUAAUAUUAAUAAUAAAUAUGAAGUGUAUAAAUAUUUGACAAAUUAACCAUACUUUGCUGAUUUUUAGUUCAAUGUGGAAAAAGAAACCGGUCUGUAAUAUUUUAAAGCAAUCUGUUUGCAACAUUUAUACUUUACUUAAAUAUAUUACAUCAAUAAAAUAUUCUCCACGAUAUUCUUUUGUGACGCUACAUUGAUCAACUGUGCUUCGUUUCAAUUUUUUAUUUACUUAAUUCUUUUGAAACUAUGUUCAUAAUAUCCAUAUCGGUGUAUUCUUUUUUUUUAUUUUCGAUACGUAACAGUUUUUAAUCUUUCAUAAUUUCCUUCGAUUUGUGUAAACAACGCUCUGUAUGUUUUUCAUGUAAAACUCGAACUAAUUUAUUCACAAUAACUAACCAUUUAUUGAAAUAUCGUUGUUCUUUCUUU